GAGGGCGGCACACGCGGGCUCUGGCACCUGGCCUUCAAUCUGUAUGGCAGCUUCAGCAGGCCAAGCGUCUCCUGGCCUCCGAACUCACUGCCACACCUCCACGGUGCCUCUACCCUCUCAAAGAUGUUAUUCAAAAUUUCCAGCAAAAUUCUGAAUUGCUCUGCAGAGAGAAAGCGCUCCGCUCCAAGUGUCGAGGGUUAGAAAUGAGAAUUCGAAGUCUUGCAUCCUGGAAAGUUUUGAUAAGCAAAUACGGCUGAGCUCCCGCGCUCUCUUCAUUGGCUGCUUCUUCACCGCCAGAUUUUGACACAAAUAAUCAGAUUGAAAAUCAGGGAGGGGAACAGAAGAGGAAAAACACACAGAGAGACAGAGAAAAAAGGAGAAGUAUCUAUCUGUGCAAAGAGUCACACAGUUGACAGAGCGGAGGCCAGUCCCGAGACAGGUUUUGCAGUUCCCACCUCGGGAAGCUCCGGCAGAACCCAGGCGAGGGACAGCUCCGGGCAGGUGUGGGGUGCACACUGAAAAUGCCACGCUCCUUCCUGGUGAAGAGCAAGAAGACUCACACCUACCACCAGCCCCGUGUGCAGGAGGAUGAACCGCUCUGGUCUCCUGCCCUUACCCCAGUGCCCAGAGACCAGGCCCCGAGCAAUGGCCCUGUCCUUAGCACCCUAUUCCCAAACCAGUGCCUGGACUGGACCAACUUCAAACGAGAGCCGGAGAUGGAGCAGGACCAGAACUUGGCCAGGAUGGCCCCGGCGCCAGAGGGCCCCAUUGUGCUGUCCCGACCCCAGGAUGGGGACUCUCCACUGUCCGACUCACCCCCAUUCUACAAGCCCAGCUUCUCCUGGGACAUCCUGGCCUCAACGUAUGGCCACAGCUACCGGCAGGCCCCCUCCACCAUGCAGUCAGCCUUCCUGGAGCACUCCGUCAGCCUGUACGGCAAUCCUCUGGUGCCCAGCACCGAGCCCGCCUUAGACUUCAGCCUCCGCUACUCCCCAGGCAUGGACGCAUACCACUGUGUGAAGUGCAACAAGGUCUUCUCCACUCCUCACGGGCUCGAAGUGCAUGUGCGACGCUCCCAUAGUGGGACCCGGCCCUUCGCCUGUGACGUCUGCGGCAAAACCUUCGGCCACGCCGUGAGCCUGGAGCAGCACACGCACGUCCACUCCCAGGGGAUCCCGGCCGGGUCCAGUCCUGCGCCUGCGCCUGAUCCCCCGGGGCCUCGUUUCCUCCGGCAGGAGCGCAGCUUCGAGUGCCGCAUGUGCGGCAAGGCCUUCAAGCGCUCGUCCACGCUGUCCACCCACCUGCUCAUCCACUCAGACACGCGGCCCUACCCCUGCCAGUUCUGCGGCAAGCGUUUCCACCAGAAGUCGGACAUGAAGAAACACACCUACAUCCACACAGGUGAGAAGCCGCACAAGUGCCAGGUGUGCGGAAAGGCCUUCAGCCAGAGCUCCAACCUUAUCACCCACAGCCGCAAGCACACAGGCUUCAAGCCCUUCAGCUGUGAGCUGUGCACCAAAGGCUUCCAGCGCAAGGUGGACCUGCGGCGGCACCGCGAGAGCCAGCACAAUCUCAAGUGAGGCUGCGCCGGCUCCCAGCUCCUGGCCAGCCUGCCCUGCGGUCCUGUCACCUGGAGGCCAGCCUCUCAUGCCCAAAUCUCCAGUGUCCUGGAGGUGGGACUGGACAGGAGUCUUCCAGCUUGUUUUGAGACUCACAAAAUUGUUGUGCCACCUUGGGCAAGUCACUCUCCUUCUCUGGAUCAACAUUUCUCCUGCUGCCAAGUAUGGGAGCCUGGCUGGGUCUUUCUGAGCAGAAGUUGUUUCCAGGUGUGCUCAGGCGCCUUCCUCUAGCAGAGCACAGAAAGCUAGAAUACCCCCAGGGAGACAGGGAUGAGGAGAAUAGACGACCAGAGCUAGGACUCAGACAGACCCUCUGCCUGCCUGCUGCCCACUGAGCUGGGACCUGGUCACCUUGGAUUUUAGCGGGCCUCUUUCUGGCUGCAAUGGCCAGAGUCGGAGCUGCCUCCCACUCCAGACAGAUGCCUGGCACCCCCUCUGCUUCGGCCAGAUGUGCUGGCUGACCCUGACUUCCGACCAGCACUCAGCUGGCCACUGAGGAUUCCAGCUCUACAACCAGGCCAUGAGGCUGGAGAAACUGGCAGUUAUUGCUGUCAAAAGCCUGUUCUCUCAAUUGCUGUCAAUAAAAUUAAAGAUACAGAUUU